AAAAACGACAGUGCAGACGGAGAAGUAGGAGGCAAACCGAGGCGAGUGAGAACUGCUUUCACGUACGAGCAGUUGGUUUCCCUUGAAAACAAAUUUCGUCAAACGAGGUAUCUCUCCGUAUGCGAGAGACUCAACUUAGCACUGGCUUUGAGCCUGACUGAAACUCAAGUCAAAAUCUGGUUUCAGAACAGGAGAACAAAAUGGAAGAAACAGAAUCCAGGAUCGGACAUCAACACUCCCGUCUUCAACCCGGGUCCC